AUGAAGUUUGAUACCGAACGGAUUGAUAUGUCAUAUAGACGGGAAAAAAAUCUGGAUAUCCAUUUAGAAUAUAAAGGAGGAGAUUUUAUAGAAUGGGAUGUCCCAGGAUUUUGUUCCAUUAAAAACAAAAGUGCACCAGAAACAGUAAUGUUCUGUCAAAUUCAAGGUAUUUAUAACAUAAAACCCAAAAUUAGAGGUCAGCCACUAGAAGCUGAAGAACGCUUUUUAUUUGUGGAUCGUUCUAGUGACUGCUUUUUGUGGUAUUUCCAAGAAAGUGACUUGGAAAAGGAAGACAGUCAGCUCAUUAGGCUAUGGAUAUAUGAUCCAGAAAAUGCAAGUCCUGCUGAGUUGUCUGGCAAUGCAGGAACACCAUCAAUCAAUUCCAAGUCACUUAGCAUGCAGUUUAUCAGUAUGGGACAAGAACCUGCUAUUCUGUCAACGAUCACUAAUAUUAAUUACCCUACAUAUGUCUCUACUCAAGAAGGGAUCUGGACAUCAAAAAUACCACAAACAAAAAAGAACCUUUUUAUGAAGAUCAAAGGAAAUUCAGUAGCUUUCCAAGAUUGCUUUAUUGCAGACUUUAUGUUUUUGCUGUCUCAUAUUAAACUAACUUUCAGUCAGCAUCCUGAGUAUGUACCCAUUACAUCAAAUAAUGAAGAAAUUAUCCUUUUUGAUUGGCCACCAUGUUAUCCUUCAACUGUUGUAACAGUUUCAUUUUGGGAGACUCUUUUUACAAAGGAUGCUUUCAAUACUUCAGAGAAGAUCAGAAUACCCCCCAACAUCCUUACCGAUGAAGAAAGGGGAAACAUAAAAGACAUUAGCUUAAUAGAUGAAGGAAUAGUCAUUUUAACAGGAGGUUCUCUUUAUCUGAGGACAACGGAUGAUUUCAUAAAACUUGACGAGAGGUUUGGUAUUCCUGACAAUCUGAUAGCUGGAACAGAAACAAGAACCUGGUGUUGGACUGAAUAUACACCAAGGGAAGGACUAGAAUUAAGUCAAAUAGUAGUGUGGACAACAACAGAAGUCUUUCUUGGAUAUUCUAAAUUAAAAUUUUACAAAUUAGCAAACAUUUCACAACUGAGAAAGAUUAUGCAUAUUCAUAGCAGAAUGGAGCCUUUAUUAUCCAUGCAUCUUUGUACUUAUACCUCAGACCCAACUGGAGUUGCCUUGAUGAUAAGGUUGAAGAUUAACAAACAAGACAAGGAUAUGCUGUUUUUAGUGUUUUAUAACGAAGAUACACUUAAAUGGGAACUUCAAGACUUUUCAAUGUUUUUCCCUGCUGGUAAAACAUUAAAUGCACUAUUCAUGUUUUCAGCAUUGCCAAAUUUUGUAAUAUGGGAUGACAAGACUGUCUACUAUAGCUACCAAAAUUAUUCACAUAAUGGAUAUCUGUUGACACCUUCUAGACAAUCAGAUCUAACAACUCUAACAAAGAAUAGCAGCAUUCACCAACUUUUUAUAGAUUAUUAUGGCAAUGCUGUGAUAAAAAUGUACAACAAUAUGAUGCUUUAUUUCAAACUUGACAUUACAGAUGUAGCACUACUACAUGAAUGGACUACUGAACAUGACAAUACAUUACUUUUAAUUAACCCUACUGGGGAACUGUUUCUUGCAAAUCUUAAUUAUGGCAUAGCACAAUUUUCAGAAUAUCCAUUAAUGCUGGAGUUAUAUAGUUCAACUUAUAAAGAACAAACCAUUUGUCCAUAUAUGUCGUUUGAGAGCAGUCUGGGUAUAAGCAAUGUCUAUUUGGACAAAAAAGAUGAACUGACGUUUUGGUGUCAAGUAGUCUAUCCUGAGAAUCUUGGUGUUUUUGCUAUUGUGGAAAUAUAUGGACCAAAAAUACUCAAGGAGAAGAGAAAUGUCGACUAUGAAAUAGCCUUGGGAAUCUGCACUAAAAAUCUGACAGUUACAUUUUACCAAGGGAUUGACUAUGAAGCUGCAGAUAAUUACAAAGAGCUCCAAGAGAAAAACAUGGGUCGUUUGAUGGUUCAACUGCGACCCAGUCAGUUUGCAAAAACAUGUCCACUAUCUAAUCAGGCAAUUCAUGUAUUUGUUGGCUGUUACACAGGAAGACAUAUUAGAGUCAAAGGAUUGGAAACUGAAUGUGAGAGUAAAAACUUUACUUAUGAAAUUGAAAAGAAAUAUUUGGAGGGCAAGCCAACUGAGAACAAGCAAGUGUUCUAUCAAACUAAAAAAUAUGGCUGCCCUUUGAAACUUCAUAUGUAUGAACAUUUCCAUCCUGUUCUUCUUUUAUAUGAUGGGGACAAACUCAUUGAAGAAAUUAAAGAAAAUUUUAUCAUCUGGGAGAUAAAUGGAAGAAAAGAUUUUACCUAUAGCAUGUCCAUGUAUCAAGCUGGUUGUAUAAAUGAAGCACAGUCAUGGGAUUCAAUGAAGAAAAUAAAUAAAGACCUCCCGAAAGAGAAAGUCUGGGGCCCUGAAAAUUAUAGACACUGCUUUUCAUUUUCCAUUGGAAAACCCGGAGACCUAUCACAACCAUAUGAGAUUAUCAACUUGUCCAAUAAAAAUGAAAUAAUCUGGACAAAUCACCAUGUUGGCUUUUAUGUGUUCCGUGUUAAGAUCAUUGAUCCAAACUACAGUUUCUGUGAUCUAACAACCAAUUUUGCAAUUGAGACAUUCGGCGUGAUUCCCAGUACAGAUCCCCUUCUGGUUUUUAUCUUCUUGUUGCUUCUGGUAUUGUUGAUCAUUGUUUGCCUGAUUGGGAGCUACUUCCGUUAUCUAAAGAUUUUUCGAAAAUUUAUUUAUGAACCAAGUCUACGAUCGAAAAGUAAAAAGAAAGAAAAAAAUUAG